UCUGCUUCAAAGAAAGCUAAAGCAGAAAGUUCAGAUUGGGAUGUGACUGAUGCAGCUCCAGGGAUUGGACGAUGGGAUGCUCCAACUCCAGGGAGAGUUUCUGAUGCCACACCAUCUGCUGGACGAAGGAACAGGUGGGACGAAACUCCUACACCUGGUCGUGUGACUGAUUCUGAUGGUGGUGUUACUCCUGGCGCAACUCCUUCAGGUGUUACUUGGGACGGUACUCCAAAAGGGCUUGCCACACCUACCCCUAAACGCCAACGUUCAAGGUGGGACGAAACUCCAGCCACUAUGGGGAGUGCUACACCUAUGAGUGGUGUCACUCCUGGUGGAGCUUACACUCCUGGUGUUACCCCAAUCGGUGGGGCUGAUAUGGCUACUCCCACUCCGAGUCAGCUAAUUUUCGGUGGUGCUAUGACCCCCGAGAUGCACAAUAUGAAAAGGUGGGAGAAGGAUAUCGAGGAGAGA